AUGGAACUAGAGUGUGGUGACCCCAAAAUCCCGCUGGCGUCUGCAGAGACAGAGCAGCCCCUGCUGCCGCUGGAUGACGAUGAGAGCGAGAAGCUCAUAGAGCUGUCUCUAGACCUCAAAUUCAGGCAUAUCGGAUAUGCGCGAGGCAGCUGGUGCGCCUGGGCAGAUUCAGACCGCGCUGACUAUGAGUCCCUUCACCCCGACGUCCGGAAUAACGCCGUGUUCGUGGCUAUAGACUUCGAGAGUCUAGCCUGGCUUCCUGACAACCACGCAAUGCACGGCAAGAUCACUGAGCUCGGCCUAGCUUUCCUGGAUUGUCAAUAUGCACAUUGGCGCCCGGACGUCAAGGAUAGAGCCGGUGACUCUCUCUGGAAAGCAGACAAGUCCGAGUUCGGCCCCAGCGAAAUUGUAUCGAUCACGAGCCUCCGCGAUACCAUCAUGAAGGAGUUCCGUAUCUUGGACAAUACCCCUGAGCCAUCCAACAGUGCGCCAACUACUACCGAUCCCAGAUAUCGCCCCAUCGUGCUGGUAGCACACUGUUUCGGGAACGAAGACUCCUACCUACGCAACGAGCUAGACAUGUCUUUCUCGGACCUUGGCACUAUCUGCGGUGUAGUCGACGCUCAAGUCAUGAUACGCGAACCACCUUCACUUCGGUAUAUGUUGACGGAACGAUACCAGGUACUGCCCAACAUUCUGAACUUACACAAUGCUGGGAACGAUGCGGUCUACGCACUUAUGCUCGUCAUCGUAUUCGCAAUCGAGAAAGAGAGCGGAAAACUGAACAAUGAACUUAACGACUGGUUAGUGCUACUAGGCUGGAAGGCUUUACAUAUUUCAGGGCAUUGCGAUGACCGUGAGGGUGGACUGGACAAGAUUGCGGGAGCUCUUAAAAAGUUGCGAUUGGAGGCGCCCGACCCACCGUUCAAUCGAUAUGCCCGGGAGGCUGUACCUGAUGCUGAACCUGAAGAUGACGAAGAGGCGGAGCCAGUUCAAACUGUUCCACUGGCCGAACAUGAAGGCAGCCCAAGAUCUUCGGACAUCGAGGUAAACUCCACUACUUCAGAUAUCGAGGCUAUUCCAAUGGCUCCUCCAGCCAUUGGAGAAGGUCUCGAUGCUCUGACUAUUGGAGUCUUUCCUGAGCACCCCUUUUUGCGGCGGCUUGUGAUGUCUCGUACAUGCUUUCAACUAUCAAGUCGAUCGCUAAGGCCCUCUACAAACGCAGAAUCUAUGCCCUUCACAAUGGCACAUGUCACUAACGAGCUGACACCAUCCAUGUUCCGCAAGCCUGGAGAACCCCAGUUACCACUAUCCCGAGAAGAAGGCGAGAAGCUUCUCGGUCUUGCCCUAGGCAUCAAAAUCGAUCGUCUUGGACCGACGAGAGUGGAUAUCGAGGACAGCAGAGGUCAUUCACUCUAUGCUGCCGACAAGUUUACAUACGGUACUAGCGAGAUAGUGUCGGCCGCUAAUCUCAGGGAAAUACUGAUGAGAGAACUGCGGAUUUUCGAUACUCCUCAGUCAGCGGGAUUGGCUUCCCAUACAACGGACUCUUCCCCAGAGGAGACUGAGGUGACUGUUGACAUCGCUACGACUGAGAGCGCCGUAUCGACGACCCCAAAGCCGGAGUCCAAAUAUCGACCUAUCAUUCUCGUCGCCCAUGCUUUUGAUAACGAGGACAACUACCUCCGCCACCAGAUGGGGAUCUCAUACUCCGAGCUCGAUCUCUAUGCUAUCAUAGACGCCCAGAUCCUUCUCUGCGGCAGACGACAGAGGCCCUCUGGCCUCCGCGAGCUGUUAGAGAAUUGA